CAUAUGAACUGUCCGUAAAAACCAUACAUCUACAACAGAUAUACAUCAUGUCAGAAGAAAUAGUUGAACAACCAAUCUUACCAUUGGAAAUAAUUGAUAAAUCAGUAGGCAACAAGGUCAAGGUGCUUAUGACCUCGGACAAGGAAUUCUACGGGAAAUUAAUUGGAUUUGAUGAUUACGUAAACAUGGUAUUGGAAGACGUUGUAGAAAUCGAUAAUGAAGGAACCAAGUCUGACCCUGUCAAGAAGAUGUUAUUAAAUGGUGGUCACGUUGCUAUGAUUAUUCCUGAUGUGGUUGCGUAAGGGUGCUGGUAUACCCUCCCACGGUUUAUGUAUUAUAGUAGAUAGAAUAUGAAUUUUGACAUUAUGUU